AUGCAAGGAAAUUUAUUAAUUUUGAUUAUUUCUCUUAGUUUCUUUUUAGUAUCUGCGAAAAUAGACCCGCAAAAUUUAAAAUGCCUAGUUUGCCGACAGACCUUCGAAGAACUUAAUAAAGUUAUCAAAAAUGUUGAUAAGUGGAAAAAAGUGGAUGUGGGCAACUUUAGAAUGGAUGCGAGUGGAAACACCAUGCAACAAAAGGUGCCGGCUCACCGCUCUGCUGUCUACAUUUCUGAAGUCAUCGAUGACAUCUGCAAGAAGAUGGAUGACUACGUGCGCGUGUACUACAAGUCGACGGGCAAGCUGGCCAUCAUGCUGUUGGUGACUGAGGAUGGCAGCAUGAAUCCAGAGUUCUCCAAGACCAAGUUUGUUACCGACGAUGAUCUCAACAAGAGCCUCGAGUACUAUUGCGAGCGCAUGUUCGAGGACAACGAGGACGAGAUCACGCAGCUGUACAAGACGCGGCCGCACGAUGACGUCAUGCCGGACGCUGAGCGCGCGAUCUGCUUCAACCACACCAAGUACUGCGAGGAGUGGAUGCUGCCCACCGAGGAGGACACCACCUGGACUGCGGACAUGGAAGCGGAGUACGUGAAGAUCCACGGCCCGGACCCGUACGGGUUCGGUGGGCUGCCGCAGCAGCAGAUGAUGCCUGACAUGGACGAGCCGGAAGAAGUGGACGAGACCAGCCAAGAGGAGUUGCACGCUGAGCUGUAA